AAACACCACACCUAAAUUUCUCUCCACCAAGUUUCAUACUUAUAUAAACUGCAUACUUGCAGAGCUAACAGGAACAGACAUGGCUUCCACCACGAUUGCUCUUCCGGUGGCUCUCCUGCUGUGCGGGUUCAUGGUGAUUGGAUCCAUACACAGCACGGAGCCAACGGAAGGGAAGAUCUGUCCAUUGUUCUGCAUGGUUGGGAGGAACUACAUGACAUGCCCGUCGACGGGCCGCAAGCAGCUGGAGCCGGCGUGCAACUGCUGCCUCGCUGGCGAGAAAGGCUGCGUCAUCUACUUCAGCAACGGCAACGUGACGAGAUGCCCUAGAGAGUGAUCACAACACUCUUCCUUGUACUUGCAUGAGCAAAUAAGAUUUGUCUUUGAUGCUGAAGAAAAUCGCCCUGGUGUGUACUACGUAAGUAUGUGUCAUGAUGAUUUUGCAAGUACCUAAGAUUGCCAAAAUUCGAUGGUCAUUCAAAAGAUAUAUGAAAUGCAGCAUUUCAUGAAUCCUAUGAUUCAAAAUUCCUGCAAAUUUCGUCAGCAACCAUAGUGUCAUUCCUGGUAUGAGUACCAUGUAACGAA